AUGACGAGCAUGACGCGUGCGUCGCUCGUCGUAUUCAUCGCCACGGUCACGUUUAUGUCGUGGCCGCCCGCGGUGGAUGCGUGCAACUGUAGGGUCGACUGCGUCAUGGGCACCUGGGGCGAGUGGUCCGCAUGUAGCUGCCUGGGGAAGCGGUACAGGGAAAGGGUGAUAACGACGCAGGCUGCGUGCGGAGGGACGGCGUGCGGGGCCCUCACCGAAUGGGACAACACCUGUGUCGCGGUGUGCCCUCCUCCGCCUUCCCCUCCGCCUCCACCGCUCCAACCGCUUCCGCCGCCUCCUGCCGAACUGCCAUCCCCCCCAGCCGAACUGCCACCUCCUCCAGCCGAAUUCCCACCACCACCUGUGGAACCUUCACCUCCGCCGAUCCCGCCAUCCAAGAAGUCGAUGCCCUCGCAGUCAUCCGGAGACGUAUCUCACAGUUCAUGGGCGCCGGUCGGAGCGGCGUUGGCGACAUCACUCAGCUUGUUAGCGGCGUUGUUUCCAGGGUGA